UCCAGUUUCCAACUUGGAAACGGGAGGUUCCCACCCAAGGCCAUCAAACGCAAGAACAUUCUCACCUCGCCGGAGACAAUGGCGAGGUGGCCGUCGCCGCCGCCGCCGGACGGCGAGCACCCAUUCGGUCACGAGGCCAUCGCGGUGUCCUUCUUCGUCGCGUGCGUGGCCGCCACCGUCGUGCUCGUGUCGUCCAUGUGCUCCGCGUGUGGCCGCAAGCCGAAGGCGGCCAGCCAGGCGCCCGACGCCGGUGGCGCCUCCGUCUCUGACGCCGCCAGCGCGGAGAGCCAGACGGGCGGUGGCGAGGACGAGAAGCCGGAGGUGACGCUAUCACCGGACCUGGCGACACACGGGCCGAUCGCGCCGGUGCCGGUGGCGCAGGCGGCGCCGUCGAAGCGGCGGCUGUCCGUGACCCUGAGCCUGAAGAAGAACCUGAGCAUGAACAUCCCAGACAAGAUGCGGCUGAGCCGGCGGGAGCGGCGGGACAAGGUGGAGCCGGAGGACACGCUGUGGAAGAAGGCCAUCAUCCUCGGUGAGAAGUGCAAGAUCCCCGGCGAGAGGGAAGGCGAGUGCGACGCCGACGAGCUCGCCGCCGGCAGCUUCCGCCGGUCGAGCUACUCACGGCCCAUGUCGCGCUCGAGCUCGUUCGCCGUCCACCAACACGACGCCCCCCUCACCGCUGGCGCCACCACCUCGAACGCCGCCUCGCAUUCUUGACACUCUCAGCAUCGCUGAGACGUACUGUACGGUGUACAGUAAAGAGAGCAAGUGAGGUGGCAAUGUGUGUAUACGUGGUUCCAGUGUGGUGUACGGUGUACGUACGUGUAUAUACGUAUAUGUAUACGUGUAUAGGUGGCAGGGUUGUUGCUUGCAGGAGAAAUUGGAAAUGAUAGUGUGGAUGGUCAAAUGCAUUCAGAUUCAGAUAUUUUCCAGUUGUUGGUUUCUCCGCUGGUUUGAAGUAUUUUUUUCGGUGAAG